AUGGUCCCUGGCUUGGGACCCUGGAGCCCUGCCUUUGGGAGGCAUGGACCCCCCGUCACCCCGUGCCCCGGGGCAGGGGCCACUGUCCCACCUCUGCUCUGCCUCCAGCUCUUCCUCUUCCACACGGUCACCCUCCGCCCCCCGCACAACUUCACCCAGUGCACCACGCGGGGCAGCUUCCCCCAGCCCUGGCACGAGACCCUCUACAACAUGGUGGGCUUUGCCUGCCUCUUCCUGCUGCCGCUGCUCAUCAUGGUCUGCUGCUAUGCACGCAUCCUCCUGGAGAUCUCCCGUCGCAUGGGCUCCAGCCUCUUCUCCUCCCGGGAUGUGCCACUGCGGUGCUCCAGGAGCAACAUCCCGCGAGCACGGCUGCGCAUGCUGAAGAUGAGCCUGGUCAUCGUCUCCUCCUUCAUCCUCUGCUGGACCCCCUACUACCUGCUGGGGCUGUGGUACUGGUUCUGCCCGCGGGCCAUGGAGAAGAGGGUCUCGCCGGCCCUCACCCACAUCCUCUUCAUCUUCGGUCUCUUCAAUGCGUGCCUGGAUCCCAUCACCUACGGGCUCUUCACCAUCCCCUUCCGG